GUGUCAUGGUUUCAUGGCGGCCGAUCGUCUUCGCGGCAUAAAAUAUUAACAUUUACAAACAAAACUGAAUCAAGGAAAGAUCUAAAAACUUACUUAUCAAGCUACCAUAUACCAAAAUAAAAACAUAUUACUCUAUUUAGGUUUAGAAAUUGGAAAUUCUCAAAGGAAAUGGAUAUAGGGCUAAAUGAGCAUCACCAACAGAAUGUUGUCAAUUAUUUACGCUUCGCAAAAUUUAACCGAGGGCAAAGACUUCGUGGCAUUGAUGCUGCAUUUGAAGAUUUAAAAGACAGCAGACUCGUUGAGGAUACAUAUACUUUAGAUGAAAUAACAGAGAUGCUUGAUGGCCUGUGUGCUGUGGUAAGAGGAGAAGUGGAGACAGAGUUGAUCAAUACAGCACAUACAAAUGUCCUUCUUCUUAGACAAGUGUUCAGUCAAGCAGAAAAGUGGCACCUCAAGCUACAAGCUGAUAUUUCUGAACUAGAAAACAGGGAACUCAUUGAAGAGAUAGCUAAGUUUGAAGAAAGAGAAUUCUCUGCUGUCUCACAAAAAUCACAGUCAAAACUGUCCAAGUUGUCUCAAGCUUCAAAGCUGGAGCCACUAAAUGAAGGUGGGGCAGUACCUCUACUUCAAAUGGAAAUAAACCGUUUGAAUGAAGACAACGCCAAACUUAAGAAUCGCCUAAAAGACUUAGAAUCGAAGGCAACUGGUGCUUUCGACGAACAAAGAAAACUCAAGGACAGCCUGGAGCAUACUCAAGCCGAAUUGAAGGCCAGGUCUAAUGCUAAAAAGUAUGGAAGUGAUGUGUCCGAACUGGAAGACCAGAUGGCUAAAGUCAAGAUGGAUCUUAAGAAGUCGAGAGAUGCUGGAUCAAACAAGGUUGCAUCUCUGGAGGACGAUAUCACGCAAGCCAAGCAUGAUAUUUUGAGGCUUCAAGCUGAACUUGAGCAAGCACAACAGGAGCUUACCAAGAAAUUUAACGAGACAUCCCAAUACAAGAACAUGAAGCAGAUGUUGACUUCAAAGAACGAUCAGAUUAAAGAACUCAGAAAUCGUUUACGCAAAUACGAGCCCGAAGCUUGAAAUAAAAAGUGUCAAGCAUAUGAUGCGAACGAGCCCACAGUGUAGCUUAUGGUUUGGCCAGUUGCUUUGGUUGGUUUUAGAUACUGUAUAUAGUUAUUCAAUGACAGAGUAGUUUAUUGUUCCACUGUCAAGAUUCCUUACGAUUAAUUUAUGUUCAGAAUCAUUUUAAUAAAACUUGGGCUUCUUAUGCUGCAAAUUCAGACUCUAAUUGUAAAUCGUUCUAAAAUCUUACUUGUUUUCGUAAGUGGUAGCUAUUUUGUACUGAUGUGGGUAAAACCUCUGCACAAAGUACAGCUGGUAAAGGUAUUAAUCUGCCAAUGAAGAUUCGCACUCAUACAAUAUAGGAAUUUAGACCGGUUUUCAUAUCAAUUGGAAAUGAUAAUGAAAAUGAGUAGCCUUACAAUAGCUGCUAUUGCAUGUACUGAGAUCUGGAAUAGGCCCUUUGCAGUUAACGGUCACGUGUCUGUACUGGUGAGCAAAAUUUAUUUAUUUGAAAUUGGUGAUUCUUUUUAGCUACUUGUAAAGAACUGAAUGAAAACAUGUGUAUCCAGUG